UCCCGCCUGAUGUCCAGUGCGCCUGCGUAACACAUUGCCCCUUACAGGCUGUCUGCGUGUCCUAAACGGCCACGAUAAUAAUAAUAAUAAUAAUAAUAAUAACACAAGCCUGUAUCACGAAACAAGAUUUGCUAGUUAGCUAGAUAACUUCUCGGAUUAAAAGUACACCAGUUUAGACGCCCUUUAUCUUCUUUCCCUUACAUAUAGCCCAGACUACCUUAAUCCGAAAAGGUAUUCAGAUAAACAAGAAAUCCAGCUUCGUGAUACUUGGGCCUGGUCAACAAAUGUUUUGCUGUAUUUUUGUCCCAUAAAUAGGUGAAUUUUACAGUAUUUAUUAAAAUAAGAAUUUAGAGUGACACCCAAGUUUCACGCUAUAUGCAUAUUUAUAGUAUAAAUGGAAGUGAUUAAGGUACUUAGCCUCAUACUUUUGGACUCUACAUGUUUUGAUAUCGUUUUUCCAUAUCAGGGAGAAUGCAGGAUCGUAUCUCAACAUAUCCGUGCUAUAGUCUGUAAAUUCUGGCAAAACAGAGGCAGGCAGAAGUUCGCCAUCCCUACCGGGGUCCUGACGACGGUUACUGUCGCUGUGACUAUGCGGCUGCGCUUUGUGUCUCCUUUCGCCCUCUAGCUGAACAGGCUGACAGAAAGUCGUUCUAACUGGUAGCAUGGCUGUUCCUCCAUCAUAUGGUGAUCUCGGCAAAUCUGCCAAGGACAUCUUCAACAAAGGAUAUGGCUUUGGUGUGGUGAAGCUUGAUGUGAAGACCAAGUCAGCUAGUGGGGUGGAGUUCAAAACCUCAGGUUCAUCCAACACUGACACCAAUAAAGUGGUUGGGAGUCUAGAAACCAAGUACAAGCGUUCGGAGUAUGGCCUGACAUUCACAGAGAAGUGGACCACUGACAACACGCUGGGAACUGAGAUCACCAUAGAAGACCAGAUUGCCAAAGGCCUGAAGCUUACUUUCGACACUACUUUUUCUCCCAAUUCUGGAAAGAAGAGUGGAAAAGUCAAAACAGCCUACAAGCGUGAAUAUGUCAACCUUGGCUGUGAUGUGGACUUUGACUUUGCCGGGCCCACCAUCCAUGGGACCGCUGUGCUUGGCUAUGACGGAUGGCUGGCUGGGUAUCAGAUGACAUUUGACAGCGCAAAGUCCAAACUGACCCAGAAUAACUUUGCAGUGGGCUACAGGACUGGGGACUUCCAGCUUCAUACCAACAUUAAUGAUGGAUCUGAGUUUGGUGGGUCCAUCUACCAGAAGGUGAAUGACAAGUUGGAGACUGCAGUAAACCUGGCCUGGGCCGCUGGCAGUAACAGCACCCGCUUCGGUGUUGCUGCCAAGUACCAGCUGGACCCCAGUGCCUCUAUCAGUGCUAAAGUGAACAACGCCAGUCUGAUUGGAGUCGGCUACACGCAGACACUGAGGCCAGGUGUCAAGCUCACAUUGUCUGCCCUGGUUGACGGCAAGAGCAUCAACACUGGUGGCCACAAGCUAGGCCUGGGAUUGGAGCUGGAGGCCUAAGGUUGACCUCUGACCUCACACCUAGGCUCUCUGAAAGAAUGUUAUAAGAAUCUGGUGUUUCCCAUGUAACCAGCAUAGGUUUUCUGAAAGGGAUGUGUUCAAACUGUCAGUGGAAUCUGUACCUUUCACCAGUAAUUAUUCUGUUGUCUGUAAUUCUAAUAUAAACAUCUGCUACAAUGGACACGCCCCAUCUCUCUAUUGGCCUCUUCCCUCAGUAGUGGACACACCCAAGCUCUGUUGACCCUUUCACUUGGUGGUGGACAUGCCUCAUGUGUUGGCUCUUCCUCUUGGUUGUGAGCACACCCCAUCUCUGUGUUUUAAGGUCUUAUAUCGCUGGUGCGUUUUGGACCUUGGAAAGUUGUUGCCAUUUGUUCUUGUCUGAUUCUACUAUACUGUGUGCCAUUGCACCGGUGUCUGGAUGCAGGACAUAUGUGUACAUCAUACAUUUCUUUGGCUAGGAAAUUGUCAUUGCCCAGUGCUUUAUUUAUAUUUACAGAUAGGAAUGGUGCUUGCUGCUCUUUUGUGUGUGUGUUUUAUUAUUUUUUUAGCCACGGUUUAUCAGAAUGGAAAAUGCUUAUGGUUUGUGAGUUAAAUGUGCUUUGGUUAGUAGAAGUUAUUUAUGUACCCAGUUGGAACUGGAGCAUGGAGACGUGCAGAUUAGAUGUGAGUGUUUGGCUAUUGGAACCUGCCAGCAGCUCCUUGCUCGGCUCAGCCCAUCCCAGCACAUGUGAGUGGCUCAGACUGUGGUGUGUUUUGGGAAACCCCAGUCUCCUUCUCCCUCUGGAAGUUUUCAAUAAAUCCUUUGACCUCAACAGA